CUAACCAAAGGAAACAACAGCAAUGUCUCUUCAAAAGACCUAAAAACAAUCCCAUUGUCAAGGAUCUGAUCUUUGUUUCCAACCAUCAGUUAUUGCCGAUCGUUGUUUUUCCGUAUACUAUAUUUAACAACGGUAGUUGUUCCUAUCGUUGUUAGACAGCAACAUCACUACCUACUCCAUUUAACCAAUAGCCCUCCCUUUUCCAAUGCUCGCCCGCUCGUGAAAACAGCGCUCUCUCACGACUGCCAUUACGCCCGGGUUGACUUGGAUCCUAGCAUAUUAUCCAUCAUACUAAAUUCUCUCGUAUCCGUGUCCUUUACAUUGUAGAUAAACCAGUAGGACGCUGCUAGCGACCUGUGCCCUAGCGAUACUAAGCUUGUUAUUGGUAGUGUCUCAUCGCCGCCGACAUAGCUACUAUGGAUACUACGAGCGUAGAUCUCACUCAUAAGCCUCGUGAGAAGGACGAGUUAGAUGAAGAGCUACUAACUCUCUCAUACCACCGGGCACUUGCUUAUGAUGCUUUAACACAAAACUCUCGCAAGACGGCAGAUUCGUAUCAGAAGAAGAAAAGUAAUGACCCCAAACAAGCCCGGACUUAUCCUCCUAUCUCGCGUCCUAUCUCGCGUCCGGUCUCGCUCGCCCCUACCCCGAACAAGGGGAGUAGGCAAGAUAGGAUAGAAGGUAAAGAGAUGCGCGAGAGCUCUAUUGUUUGGCAACCGCAGAAGCCAGCUUAUGUGCUUUCUUCACGCAAGUCGGAAAUAGACAUCAGCAAUAAUACAAGUCCUCCUCGGUCCGAGUAUCGGCCGCAUUCAACACCCCAAAAGCAGCGGCAGAGGGCCCAAACCAGGUAUGGUCCUAUCAACCAGGGCGGUAGUCAACAAAGGCCGUCAUUGGGGGAAUUCCAUGGAGCUCUCACGAGGCAAAGUGCUAGGAACGAAGAUGCCCGUAGCGAACUUGGUAGCGACAUACGCCCGCUCACGCCUCAAACUACAGACCCGGCUGUACGAAGUAGUGCUCAGCCCUUACACAUCACCGAACAGUUAGUUCAGUACUACCAGAAUGCUCACUAUGAUGAUUCCAGCCCAUGCCAGAUAGAAGAAUCUUACAUCGAUCCAACUAACACGUGCUCUCCGGAAUCUAUUAGUCGCCCUUCGUCUGUAGCUUCAACGGUAAGCCGAGGUCGACGUAUGUCACGCGCUCGGCCUUCGUCUUCUGCAUCUACAUGUUCCUCCUGUCGCCCUUCUACUACAUCUACAAAAAGGCUUUCCCGCUCGCCGAGCCCCUCGCGCGGGGCUUGGAUAUCAGACCAUCCGCAGCAGGAACAGCCGUCGUUCAGAGAACGUGCGUGUCAACGAUUUAGUAAAGGCCUACAUCUAAACUUACGACGGACAGGCAUCGAGCCGGAGUCUAGCUUCAUAGUGCAUAGCGUGGUGAAGAAAUCUACUGAAUAUGUGCCCCCAUCGAGGGCAACGUCCGCAGCGCCAGCAUCGCGGCCUGCGACUCCCACUACCCCUACCAUCCCUUGGGAGCCGCCGAACACAGCCGUGCCGUUUGCGAUGGAAUGGCGUAAUAUAAAUAGUAAGUUAGGGGUCUCCGAGAGCGAUGUCGAAGUAGAUACGGAGGACAAGAAGAAUAAAAAUACUGUCGAGAGCGAUGAUGUGACACAUUCGUCACAAUAUAUAGCGGAAGUAGAAGACAGGAUGCGGAAACUUCGACAACAGCAACGGUCCUUGGCAGAGAUGCGAAGGGCACCGGCUAUCCUUGAAGCUGAUGCAACAAGCAAAAAUGGCCAAAGUAGCGGUGGCAAUAAAUCGCUAUUCCUAGAGGACACAAGGGGAACCAGACCUACCUCCAACUCGUUCUUCGCGACCGAAUGGUCGCGCCAACAAGCGGAGGACCUGGCGACCCCCUUACGUCUAUUAAACCCUUUCCACCCCGACCCGUUUGACGCGGAGGUAUCUCAACCAGGUAGUCUAAGCAAAGCCCCAGCGGCCUCGCCCGACGACCGUGUUGAACUACCCAGUCAGUCCAGACAGGGCUCCUACGACUCUCUGGUCAUGGCCGAGGCUUUGACCAAGUCGCCCGAGCAGAUGUCGCCGGUGGACGCGGGGACGGCUGAACGUCCCUUGCUGAAGCGGAAGCGGGGGAUGACGGGGUUACGCGAUAAUUGAAAUGGAAUU